AUGAAACGGACUUUACGAAUAGGAACAUGGAAUAUUCAAGGGAUAGCAACAAAGAGAGAAGUAUUUAAAGAAAUGGAACGGUACGAUAUGGACAUAAUAGCUCUAACAGAGACUAAGAAAAAAGGGAAAGGUACAGAAGAGAAGGAUGGAUAUGUGCAUAUAUACAGUGGUACCGAAGUAUACCAUAAGGUACCGAAGUAUACCAUAAGGUACCGAAGUACCAUAUAUACAGCAGUACCAAAAGAGGAGCGAGCCCGCGGUGGAGUAUCACUAGCAAUUAGGAAGAAAUAUAAGAAAUUUAUAAAAUCUUGGGACCAAAUCAACCACAGACUUUUGCAGGUGGAUGUUGAUGUGAGAAAUCAUUCUUUGGUAGUUAUAGCAGCCUAUGCCCCAACUGACGAAGCCCCAGCCGCCGAGAAGGACACGUUCUUUUUUGAUUUGACGACAGCCUUGGAAAAGAUUGGAAGUCGAAAGGAGGUGAUUCUAAUUGGUGACUUAAAUGGCAGAACAGGUUUUAAAUUAAAUGACCCAGUAGUAGGACGUUACGGAGAACACAUUGUAAAUAAUAAUGGUGAAAGACUUAUUCACUUAUGCGAACAGGCACUCAGGAUUGCUAAUGGAUGGUUUCCACACAAAGAUAUCCACAAAUAUACAUGGACGCAACCCACACAAAAUCUAAAAUCGUUAAUUGAUUAUAUAAUUGUUAGGCAGAAAACUCAACUGAAAAUUUCGGAUGUCAGAGUCAUGCGUGGCCCAGAAUGUGGUACUGAUCAUUUCUUGGUAGUAGCAAAAUCUUAUUUUCCCUACAAACAAAAAAUGCAAUCAAAUGGAUUGCCUGAGAAAAAUGGAACUCCAUUAAGUAAUGUCAAGUAUAAUAUCGAAAGUUUGAGGAAUGACUCAACUAAAUUCUUGUACCAGAUGAGACUAGCCACGAAAUUAAACAGAAUAGGACAAGGAUCUCCAAAUGAUAUGUACGAAAGUCUGAAAACGUGCAUACAUGAAGCCACAAAUGAGGCUCUUGGAGAGAAAAUAGUCUCCACGAGAUACAGAAAAGAUACACCUUGGUGGAGUGAAGAACUAGGAAAGAGAUUGUAG